AUGGAGAUCAGGAAGUUAAUGGUGGUGGUGAUGGUGGCGCUACUGUUGCUCGCAGUAGAGCUAAAGGGAGUGGAAGAAGUGGGCGGGGAAAGAAGAGAUCUUCGAAGCGGCGGAGGUGGAUCAAGAGGUGGAGGAUCCAGAGGAAGCGGUGGAUCGAAAGGAGGAGAAUCAAAAGGAGGAUCGAGAGGAGGAAGGAUUCCAAGGAGCCCAGUAAUCGUAGCUGGUGGAUCUCAUCGCCACAGUGACUCUUCUCGGUGCUCCGCCAGCGCCACUGCCACCGCCGCCACCGCCGCCAUCGCCGCCGCUUUGGCUUUCCUGUAA